AUGGGACUGCAUCUGGAGUCGUAUCCGCCGCACCACCGAUCCCGACAGACCGGCCCGAAAGGAGUUCUAUCAGAUUAUAAACAAUAUAAAGAACUGAAACAAUUGAAAGAAUUAGAAGAUGAGAAGGAGCUGAUACGCCAGGCCAAAAAGAAUACACUUACCUGCCGAACUCAUAAUGAAGAUGUUCUGGCAGAACUAAAGGAAAGGGCCUUGGAAGAUGCAAUCGAUAAUUUGCAUGAAGACGAUGAAUUUUUGGCUCAGUAUCGGCAAAAUCGGAUGCGUGAGCUUCACCGUGCCUUAGAACGCCUACCAACUUACAAUAAGAUAUUCGAUCUCAAAGCGGUCAAUUUCGUCUCAGAAAUUGAUUCGGCCAGCGCAGGUGUUACAGUGUUAGUGCAUGUGUAUGAGCUGUCUCGUUCUGGGGUACCAGCUAUACUCGUUUACAAAAAGGGCGACCUCAUCGGCAAUUUGUUGGGAAUCGAUCGUGAUUUGGGUCAGGAAUUCUACCCGGUGGAUCUAGAAAACUACCUGAUUGAGCGUGGUUUUCUCCCGGAUAAGACCUUGGGACUGCUGUUGAAUGCCCAAGCAAACGCUGCCCAAGGUGCAUGCGGCGAGUGA